UUUGUGAGGAAAAAAGGAGAUGGAGCUGAAGAAAUGGAAGAAUACUUGGAUCAAAUAUCAGGAAUGCCCAUAAGAUUUUCUUAUGCAAAACUGAAAAUAGCAACUGGGAAUUUCCAGAAAAAGAUUGGACAAGGAGGGUUUGGAUCAGUUUUUGAAGGAAGUUUGCAGGACGGACAGAAGAUUGCAGUAAAGUGUCUAGAAUCCUCAGGCCAAGGGAAGAAAGAAUUCUUAGCUGAAGUCAAGACUAUUGGUAGCAUUCAUCAUCAAAACCUGGUGACAUUAAUUGGAUUCUGUGUCGAAAAGCUGCACAGGCUCUUAGUUUAUGAGUUCAUGAGCAAUGGAUCCUUGGACAAAUGGAUUUUCUGUAUUCAGCCACAACAACCUCCUUUGGACUGGCCUAGUAGGAAGACAAUUAUUCUAAACAUAGCCAAGGGAUUGGCCUACCUCCAUGAAGGGUGCAGAAAGAAAAUAGUUCACUUAGAUAUCAAACCGCAAAAUAUCUUGUUAGAUGCAAAUCUACAUGCGAAGAUAUCAGAUUUCGGCUUGUCUAAGUUGAUUGACAGGGAUCGAAGCCGGGUCGCAACUACAAUGCGAGGAACCCCCGGAUAUAUUGCUCCUGAAUUGAUUAGUUCAGUCAUGACAGAGAAGGCAGAUGUUUACAGUUUCGGGGUUGUACUAAUGGAAGUAGUAUGUGGAAGAAAAAAUGUGGACAGGUCUCAGCCAGUGGAGUUAUUGCAUUUACUCCCUGUUCUCAUGAAAAAGGCAAUGGACGAUGGCCUGAUAGAUAUGAUUGACAGACGUGGGGAGAGUAUGCAAUCACAUAGCUCAGAGGUUGUAAAGGUUAUGAGGCUUGCAAUUUGGUGUCUGCAAAGAGAUUACAAGAAAAGGCCUUCCAUGUCAAUGGUGGUUAAGGUUUUGGAAGGGACAAUGGAAGUGGAAGCUGAACUAGAUUACAACAUGCAUACUCCAACGAUACUGGCUGCAGUAACAAGAGAGACAGAGUUGGAAACUACUGCCACAGAAAUCUUGCCAUCAUUUCUAUCAGGACCCAGGUGAA